AUGCAGGGCGGAACAUGGAGUACUAUCUCAACACUUUUCCCAAGAUGUUUAACGACAUUUCUGUUUUUAUGGACUUCUUAUGUCAUCAUCACACGAAUUAAUACAAUCCCCACGAUUCCCCCUCAUGAUAUUGAUAUUACCAUUAAUCUCUAUUUCCAUAUAUUCAUAUUUCAAAAUCAUAACAAUGGGACCAGGAAGUCCAUUAGACUUCCCAGAUCUAUUAGUAGAAAAAUAUACAUGAUGCAGGACUUGGUCAAGAAUUACCACCACAAUAUCUUAACAAAGAAAAGUUACACAAUGAAAAGAAAUGGUCGAUAUAGAUUAUGUCAAACUUGUCAAGUUUGGAAACCAGAUAGAUGCCAUCAUUGUUCAACAUGUAAUAAAUGUAUAUUGAAAAUGGAUCAUCAUUGUCCUUGGUUUGCUGAAUGUAUUGGGUUCAAAAAUCAAAAAUUCUUCAUUCAAUUUUUAAUUUAUUGUACUAUUUAUGCAUUCGUGGCUUUGGGGUUAAUUUCAUAUCAAUUUGUAAAUUGGUAUAAGAAUCAAAACUAUAUGAAUGAAUAUAUCGAUUUUACAUUAUUGAUUGUUGGACUGUUGGCAUUUGUCAUUUCAAUUUCUGUUUUGGCGUUUAGUUCAUUUAGUAUUUAUCAAGUUUUGAAAAAUAGAACCACAAUAGAAAUGUAUGGGAUACGAAGAUAUAAUAGAGAUUUUGCAAUUUUAAAUGGUACAGAAGAGAGUGAUUUUAAAAAUAUAUUUGAAUUAGAUUCAAAUUUAUUGAAUUGGAAGGAAGUUAUGGGUGAUUCAUGGAUUGAAUGGAUUUUCCCAAUAGUUACUUUUAAAAUAUCUCGUAAUAGACAUUCUACAGAUGAGAAAGGAUUGUAUUUUAAUAUUAAUUCACAUGCAAGAAGGGAAAUGUUAGAUAGUAUUGAUUUACAAGAUAGACUUUUAAGGAGAGUUACUCCUAGGUCAUCUGUAGAGUCAACUCGGCCAUUAAUUAUAGAUGACAUAUGA